AUGAUACCGUCAUUGGCUAAAGAAUUAUACAGUAAUAGAGCAGCUUGGUACAAAGAAUUCAUUGCAAAGUAUAAGAUACCGGUAUCUCAGAUCAAUGCAGAGCUGAUUUUGCUACCUCUCUUUGUAUCUUCUGAUCCAAAAACUGUUCUGAAAGAGAGUUCAGAUUCUUCUUCAUUUCCUGCCAACUUUCUCUUUGUAUCUUCUGAUCCAAAAACUGUUCUGAAAGGGAAUUCAGAUUCUUCUUCAUUUCCUGCCAACUUUCUCUUUGGGACUGCCUCCUCUUCUUAUCAGUUUGAAGGAGCUUACCUAAGUGAUGCUAAAGGUUUGAGCAACUGGGAUGCUCAUACCCAUAAACCGGGCAACAUAAUUGAUGGAAGCAAUGGAGAUGUCGCGGUCGACCAGUAUCAUCGAAUAACAGCUGUAGUUAGGCCUAAUAUUGUAGUUGAGUGA